CUCAAUUCAUAAAAGGGGGGUUGUAUUGUAAAUUGUCUCUUUAAAUCCCAAAAAGAAAAAAAGAAAAUGUAUUUGACCAGGUUCACCAGCGCGCGCGCUCACACACCAGAGAGAGCUAAAGGCAUUGAAUUUGUCACUGUUUUAUUACUUAGACUUUCGCCCUCAGCUCCAUAUGAAAACAAACUGUUAUCUGUCAAACUUUUGGCCGGCAUAUCGCUUCUCCUCAUCUCUCUUUUUUUUCGUGAAUUAUAUUUCUGCUAUUAAUCUAGAGUUUAUUCAGGGCAGUAGAGACAUGAUGUCGAUACCCGGUCUCAAAUACUUGACAGCCGGGCAAAUUCAAUUGGACUGACUCCGCCUUGCUCAUGCGGGACUUGUCCGUAGGAUUUUUUUUCCUCCCUUUCUUUCUUUUUUUCUUUUUUUCUUUUCUUUUUUUUGUCAUUCCUCCGCGUGCCAGUCUGCGUGCCCCGCGCUCUCCGGCGGACUCUGUUCUCCACGCUCCCCUCCGGUCACUCACCCCCCAUCAGCACCGAAGAGCAUUCUGACGCACAGGACCAGUGGCAGCAGCGGCGGCAGACGGAACAGGAGCAGCAGGAGGAGCAGCAGCAGCAGCAGCAGUCAGGACACUUUUAAGGGGAGUCUGUGGCAAUCACCGAGCAACAUGUUCCCGGCGGGGAGACGGGAAAUCCGCAGCUGGGGCUCGACGGUACCGCCGCGGAGCAUGUUUGGACCUGGGCUGGAUGGACAGGUGUGGAUGUCCUUUUGGAUUCUGCUCUUGUCGACUUGUAUCCCAAGCGCUCAGGCUCAAGGAAACCUUAUCCUGCAAGAGGCAACAUCUCACAGCUCAAUAGACGAUGUUCCACCUUACUUUAAGAUGGAGCCUCCUCAAACCCAGGUUCACCUGGAGGGAAACCGCCUGGUGCUGACCUGCAUGGCAGAGGGCAGCUGGCCCCUCGAGUUCAAAUGGAUCUACAAUGGCAGCGAGCUCACGCGGUUCUCCUUGGAGUACAGGUACCUGAUCCCGUCGCUAGACCGAUCCCAUGCUGGCCACUACCGCUGCAUCGUGAGGAACCGAGUGGGUGCCAUAAUGCAAUGCAGCACAGAGGUGCAGGUUGCCUAUAUGGGCGGAUUUGUGGAGGGCGAGCGAUCUCAAACUGUUUCCCAGGGCGAGGGAGCUCUCAUCCACGCACCGCGGAUACACAGUUUCCCGAGGCCCCAGAUAACGUGGUUCAGAGACGGGCGCAAGAUUCCCUCGAGCAGCCGCAUUGCCAUCACUCUGGACAACACGUUGGUCAUCCUGUCCACCGUGGCCCCAGAUGCAGGACGGUACUACGCCCAAGCAGUGAAUGACAAGAACGGGGAGAACAAAACCAGUCAGCCCAUCACUCUCACAGUGGAGAGUAAGUGUGCGCAGAAAGCGACAUACACUCACAGGCACUCAAGCGUACUUCGCAGUUAAGCAACAGACGUCUGC